AUAUCUGUAACUUAAACUGACAGCUUCCCUUGCAUCCCCAAACCAAACCAAACCACCGCGACAUGGCGGCGAUUGCGGCGGCGGCGGCUUUCUCUUCUCUCUGUCUCGCCAGAACCUCCGUCAUUCUCCCCCGCCACCGUCUCCGGACACUUAUCACGUCGUCUCUCUCCACCAACUCCACCACCGAAUUCAACAUAACCUUUGCACCGCCCAAACCAAAACCUCAGCACCCAAAGCCGUCCGUCUCCGAAUCGGAGUCCUCCGAUUCCCCUGACUCUGAACUCGGAGAUCAGCUCUUCAUCCCGUGGAUUGUUCGGGGGGAAGAUGGCAACCUCAAGCUUCAAAUGUCGCCGCCCGAGGGUUACCUCAAGGCUAUGGCGAUCCAGAAGACACAAAAGAAGCAGAAGAAGAAGCCUAAAGAGGAUAAAACUGCAGCUAAUAAAGACAAGCCUCCGGUAGCUUCGUCGGCCGAGCCGAAGUACUCGAAGGCGGCUCGGAGGUUCUACAACGAGAAGUUCCGGGAGCCGCCGCAGCGCCUCGCAAAGGUGCUGGCCGCUGCCGGAGUUGCAUCUAGGAGAAGCAGCGAAGAGCUGAUUUUUAAUGGGAAGGUGACGGUCAAUGGUUCUGUAUGCAAUACACCGCAGACAAGAGUUGAUCCUGCCAGAGAUAUAAUUUAUGUUAAUGGAAGCCGCCUGGCUAAGAAGCUUCCUCCAAAGGUUUAUCUUGCUCUAAACAAGCCAAAAGGUUAUAUAUGCUCAGCAGGGGAAAAAGAGACGAAAUCUGUAAUGUCUCUAUUCGAUGAUUUUAUGAAGAGUUGGAAUAAAAAGAAUCCCGGAAUACCAAAGCCACGUCUCUUCACAGUUGGCCGGCUGGAUGUUGGCACCACUGGGUUGAUUAUAGUAACAAAUGAUGGGGAGUUUGCUAAUAAGGUUUCACAUCCUUCAUCUAAUUUAACAAAGGAAUACAUUGCAACUAUCAGUGGUGUUGUAAAUAAGCGGAAUUUGUUUGCUAUAAGUGAGGGAACAGUUAUUGAUGGUGUCCAUUGUACCCCAGAUUUGGUGGAGUUGCUACCACCACAACCAGAUAUUUCUAGGCCCCGGAUUCGUAUUGUAGUUCACGAGGGAAGAAAUCAUGAAGUUCGAGAACUUGUAAAAAAUGCUGCACUUCAGCUUCAUGCAUUGAAGCGUGUACGCAUUGGUGGCUUCAGACUUCCAACUGAUCUUGGAAUUGGAAAACAUGUGGAACUAACGGCUGCUAAUCUGAGGGCACUUGGUUGGAAGAGUUAAAGAAAUUAGUCCUAAAUUCACAUUCUCAGUAUUGAAUUGUAAGCAACAAUGGGGUUGGCAUUGCAGAGCUAAUGUAGCAGUAAGCAAGUAAGUAUAUCAUAAUAUGGUGUCUAAUUGUGUAUGCAAUUACUACUGUAGUUUGAAAUUAAUUAUACCAUACUUGUAUAGACAAUGCCUAAAUUAUCUGUUUUACCAAAUAGAAAAAAAAUCAUUUCUCUCUUUU